AUGUUGUCCAAGUCAAUCAUUGCUGCGACUACUUUCGCACUAGCCGUUUCGGCCCAGACGUCUACCAAAUGCAGCCCGCUGAAGCAAGACUGCCCCGCUGAUCCGGCCGUCGGCAAAAAAGGCAUCAGCUGCGACUUCACCAAGGGCGCAUGCGACGCCCUUGAGCACAUUGCCGGCAAGGCCGUCACCUACGGCUCGCAGGGCGCCGUGAGCGCCGUGGACGCGCCGCUUCAGGCACCCACCCUCGUGUCCAAGGAGUCCAUCUUCUUUGGCCGGGUCGAGGUCGAGAUGCAGGCGGCGCCCGGGCAGGGCGUCGUCACCAGCAUCGUGCUGCUGUCGGACGACCUCGACGAGAUUGACCUCGAGGCCCUCGGCUCCACCAACGACAACAUCCAGUCCAACACCUUUUCCCGCGGCGACCAGGAGAAGCACGACCUGCUCGGCCUGCUCCCCGUCAGCGACCUCACGGGCGCGAGCCACAAGUACACCGUCGACUGGACGACGGACCGCAUCGAGUUCUCCGUGGACGGCGCGGUCAAGCGCACGCUGCGCCGCGCCGACAUCCCCGAGCGCUACCCGGAGAGCCCCAUGCAGCUCAAGGUCGGCGCGUGGGUGGCCGGCUACAAGGACGGUGACGAAGGCCGAACCCACUGGGCGGGCGGCAUUGCCGACUUUUCCAAUGGUCCUUCGUCGUCUUUCUUCAAGAGCAUCAAGGUCACCGACUACGCGGGUGGGAGCUCCGCCACGGACAAGGACGUCAAGGAGUACACGUACGGCGACCGAUCGGGCAGUGCGAAGAGCAUCCAGAUUCACCUCGCUGAUGGUUCGACCACGACAGCUGAUAGCCCCUCGUCUGGGUCUGAUAGCAGCAGCAGCAGCAGCAGCAGCAGUGCUAGUAGCAGCACUGAGACUGAGACUACCAAGUCGAGCUCUACCAAGUCGAGCUCUACCAAGUCGAGCUCAGCCGAGCUUCCCACAACUGCCACCACCUCUACCAAGGAGACUCCUACCACGGAGAGUUCUGCAACCACAAGCGAGGGCAAGACACACUCGACUGGCUCGACCAACUCGACCAUAGUCACCAAGACUACCACCGGUACCCAGACUACUGACGGUUCCGGCACCGCCACGCAGAGUACCACUGUUUCGAGCCAGACUACCAAGCCGACCAGCGGUGCCGCUGCUGGUAUGGCCAUUGGCGCGGGCCUUGCUGCCGUUGCCGCAUUCCUCGCCCUGUGA